AUGCACCGCGGUGGCAGGAAGCCGUGGCGUCACAACCCGAAGGGCCCGGAGGUUUUUGGGGACAGCAGGCGCUUUGGGGACGAGGACAGCUCGGGGACAGGGACCCCUCGGGGACAGGGACCCCUCAGAGCAGGGUGGCUGGGCUGGCACCGGCGCGGGGAUGUGGGGGCUCAGGAUCCUCAUCCCCCUCCUCGGUGCCGGUGCCCUGCGGGUGAGCCAGGACCCGGGCGAAGCGCGGGUGCCGGCGGGUGCCGGGGUGGCCCUGGGGUGCCGGGUGCUGACGGCCGAGCCCUGGGACCUGCUCCGGCUCGAGUGGGUGAAGGACGUGGGGCACGGGGUGCUGUGCGCCGCCCGCCUGCGCCCCGCCGCCGUCGCCCUCCCCGUCCCCUGCACCCCCCGGUUCCACCUGGCCUGGCAACCCCCCCCGUGCCACCCUCGGCCUCCGCCGGGCGCAGGAGGACGACGCCGGGCGAUAUUUCUGCCGGGUCACCCUCGAGAUCCCCCGCCAUGACACGGCCGCCGGCAACGGCACCCUGCUCAGCGUCAGCACGGCGGCUGACGGAGGACAUCAGGCGGGUAAGUGCGUCCCUGCCGUCCCCUCCAUCCCGGCGCCCACGUGCCCGGGUGCCGGCGGUGCCGAGGCGGUGGCCCCAGCUGGAUGUGCUUGCAGGGCUGGCGUCGGGGCUGGCGGGGGCCCUGGGGGGCACAGCCCUCCUCGUGGGGCUGGCCCUCCUCGGCCGCCGGUGCUGGCGCAGGAACUCAGACACGGUCAUCUACCUGAAUGUGCUGCCGCCCUCGGCGCGGGCCCCCAAGAAGCUGCCACAGCCCCCCACGGUGAUGGAGAACAGCAUGUACCAGGGGGGACUGCAGCGGUUACGGGGCCCCCCCAUGGCCCCCCAGCCCUGAGAAGAUCCGUACCCUGGUGUGCCGCCGAUACCCGGCCCCCCGAAACUCUGCCUUUCUGCAGGAAAAGCCCCCCAAAAAGCUCUUUUGCAGCAUCCCCCCACCCGCUCUCUGUCUUCUGUGCGGCACACG